UGCAGGGAGCAAAUGAAGACAGCUGAUGAAACCUUGCGGGUCCCUGUCCUGUUAUGGAUUGUCCCAAUUAACGCCCGUGCUGCUCUCUGUCAAGAUGCAUUCUGCCUGUCCAGUUACUGUUAAUAGAUUUCUCAUAAGUGGCUAGAUUGUAAAAACCUCAUAACUCAGCUUAAUGCCACCAAUAAAAUUAUCUCUGGACGUCUGGCCUGGAUUCCAGUCAGCUCCCGGUCCAGGAGGAGCUUCUGUUUACCCUUUCUUUUCCUAAUUUCAAACGUUGCCUUAAUUAGAAAAUGAAACGGAGACUGGCUACAAAAAGCACCUUCCCCAGGGUCUGUUUUUCAUUCGGCACAGCCCGUCUCGCCUCAUUUCACUGCAGGCUUUGCUCAGGAGCGAUGUCUGGCAGCGUCAGCUCUGCCACGGGCUCCAUAACCCCAACCUGAGCUGCAUUCCUACCCGGUUUGCUGCACAGCCUGGGAGAAACGGCCCCGCACUGGAUCUUGAGUCCUUGCCAUGGGGUAACCUCUUUUUAGGGGGCUGUUGGUGAGCUGUCCUUCCCAUACAUCUCCUGGCCUCACUGUGGCGAGAUCUGCAGCUUGGUUCUUGGUAUGAGUGGGUAUUGGCAGCGUUUGGGACCUGCUAAGCCCAGAGUGGCAAAGGCAGAACUGAUGGUGCUGUGUGUUGUGCCCUCCUAUGUGCAGCAUCCCCUGCCUGCUCCUACCUCUGCUCUUUCCCUGGCAGAUCCAUUCAGACUCGGAUGAGGGGGACGGCUCCAUCAAGUACACCAUCUCCGGGGAGGGCGCGGGGACCAUCUUCCUCAUCGAUGAGAUCACAGGUGACAUCCACGCCACCGAACGCCUGGACCGGGAGCAGAAAACCUUCUACACGCUGCGGGCUCAGGCCCGUGACAGGCAGACUGACCAGCUGCUGGAACCCGAGUCUGAGUUCAUCAUCAAGGUGCAGGACAUCAACGACAGCGAGCCACGCUUCCUGGAGGGGCCCUACAUCGGCAGCGUGGCUGAGCUGUCCCCCAUCGGCACCUCUGUGAUGCAGGUGAUGGCCUCCGAUGCCGACGACCCCACAUAUGGGAGCAGCGCCCGCAUCGUCUACAGCGUGCUGGAGGGCGAGCAGCACUUCACCGUGGACAGCAAAACGGGUGUGAUCCGGACAGCUGUGGCUGACCUGGACCGUGAGACACAGGACCGGUACGAGGUGGUGAUCCGUGCCACGGACAUGGCGGGACAGCUGGGAGGGCUGUCCGGCUCCACCACCGUCACCAUCGUGGUCACUGAUGUCAAUGACAACCCACCACGCUUCCCACAGAAGAUGUAUCAGUUCAGCAUCGUUGAAACUGCCCCUGUGGGUACUGCCAUUGGGAGAGUGAAGGCAGAGGAUUCUGACGUCGGGGAGAACACCGACAUGACCUAUCAGAUGAAGGAUGAGGAAGGGGUGGAGAUGUUCAAAGUCACCACAGACAGCAAUACCCAGGAGGCUGUCAUCACCAUUCGGAAGCCUCUGGACUACGAGUCAAAAAAAGUGCACACCGUGGUGGUGGAGGCCCUGAACAAGUUUGUGGAUCCACGGUUUGUGGACCUGGGCACCUUUCGGGACCAGACCAUCGUGCGGGUGUCUGUGCUGGACGUCGAUGAGCCCCCUGAGUUCUGGCCCCCCUCCAACACAAUGGAGGUCCAGGAGGACGCUCACGUUGGCUCUAUCGUGGGGGUGGUCACCGCCCUCGAUCCGGACACAGCGAACCACCCUGUGCGGUACGCCAUUGACCGCAGCACAGACACAGAGAGGAUCUUUGACAUCGAUGCCAACACAGGUGCCAUUGUGACAGGAAAGGUCCUGGACCGGGAGACAGCGGGAUGGCACAACAUCACCGUCCUGGCAAUGGAAGCAGAUAAUCAUUCGCAGGUGUCGAGAGCCUCUCUGCGCAUCCGCAUCCUGGAUGUGAAUGACAACCCUCCCGAGCUCGCCACCCCCUAUGAGGCUGCGGUGUGUGAGGACGCCAAGCCAGGCCAGCUGAUCCAGACAAUCAGCGUUGUGGACCGUGAUGAGCCUCAGGGUGGUCAUCGUUUCUACUUCACGCUGGCACCUGAAGCCACCAACAACCACCACUUUUCUCUGCUGGAUGUUAAGGACAACACAGCUGCGGUGCACACGCAGAGAGUGGGCUUCAAUCGCCAGGAGCAGGACGUAUACCUGCUGCCCAUUUUGGUGGUGGACAGCGGCCCCCCGGCCCUCAGCAGCACAGGAACCCUGACCAUCCGGGUCUGUGGCUGUGACAGCACCGGGGCCAUCCAGUCGUGCAACAGCACUGCCUACGCCAUGUCAGCAACGCUGAGCCCCGGCGCCCUCAUCGCACUGCUGGUGUGCAUCCUCAUCCUGGUCGUGCUGGUGCUUCUGAUCCUCACGCUGAAGCGACACCACAAGAGCCACCUGACAUCCGAGGACGACGAGGACAUGAGGGACAAUGUCAUCAAAUACAACGACGAAGGAGGGGGCGAACAGGACACGGAGGCUUACGACAUGUCCGCCCUGCGCAGCCUCUACGACUUCAGUGAGAUCAAAGGCGGGGACGGGGGCGGGGGGCCGGGAGAGGGAGGAAACCCGGCCUCUGAGCGCCAUGCCCUCCCGCAGUGGGUGCAGAGCCCGGACCUGGACUUCUCCGUGUUCAGAGACUACAUCUGCAGGAAGGUGGAGCAGGCGGACGAGGACCUCUCCGUGCCGCCCUAUGACUCGUUCCAGACCUACGCCUUCGAGGGCUCCGACUCUCCGGUUCCCUCGCUCAGCUCCAUCAACACGUGGUCCAGCGGCUCGGAGCAGGACUUCUCCUACCUGGGGGGCUGGGGGCCGCGGUUCCGGCAGCUGGCAGCGCUCUACGCGGGGCGCCGGGGCGAGGAGGACAGCGAGGAGUCCUAACGGCACCGCCGGACCCGCCGGGGGCUGUGGGUCGGGGGGCUGCGACGCUGCCGGAGGAGCUGCGCCGUGGGACCGGGGGUCGGGGUGGGCGCUCCUUCGCGGUGCUCCCGGUCGGAGCUGUGCCACAACAACCGCGCCGGGUGCCCGCGGGAGCGCUGUGACCGUCAUAAUCUCCUUAAUGCUGAUCUCCGUUAAAGCACUGCACAUUAAUUUAAGAAAGAAAAAAUCUAAUUCGAGAGCAUUUGGAGGGGGGUUGUCCCCCACAAAUUGUCAUUUAAAUAGAUCUGUUCAGUGAGGCCCAUUCAGGAGGAGAAGAGCAAACCGGGAGCCUUUUGUUGUUUAAAUUGUUUUUGUCACUUGAGUCUUAGAGCAUUUGGAGCGCUUUGAUUCCUUUAAGAGCUUUCCUUGCAGAGGAAAACAAGCUUUUAAUUCUGUUCUGCUUUUUUCGCUUACGUUUGCUCACUUUCUGGAGUCCUCUCCGUGCGCAGGGAUGCUCACGCUGUGGCUCCGCGGGCUCAUCCUGUGCAGAGCGACUGCUGCUCGGGAGCUCACUCCAAAGCGCACUUCUCUGCUGAGCUGCAAUCCUUCUCCUCUCAGCUCUUACACUUUUCCUGUGGUUGACCAAAUGGCGGUGACUGGAUGGGUCUCUCCUGCCUUCCUGUUCUGUAGGCACUGGCUGCAACAUCCCGGUGUGCCCCGUGGUGACAGAUGGGGACGUCCUGCUGCUGUGGGGGCAGGGUGCUGUCCCAGCGGCAGUGCCCUGUGGGCGACCCGUAUGGGCCCCUGCAGCACAGCCGCUUUGCACGAACCCUCUGGUUCUGACAGGUGCAUUGGGAGGAGGCAGGAGGGAUGUGUCGUUGUUCCUCAGCUGCAGAUGAUGCUGGAGGAAAACGCAAUCUGUGGUUCCUUAUCUGUUCAUGUUGAAAACAAUCAAUGAUAUAAUAGAUAGGUAACUGAUAAGGUCUACCAAGGUCUGACACAUCUUGGGCUUGUCAUUGGGUUUGUCCUUUUAGUUUAGCCACAGACAGUGUUUUCUAUCCUUGGAGAGGGUUUAAACGUAAAUGUAGAUGCGUGUUUGUUUUAUGCUGUUUUGCUUCCCGGCCGCUGGUGUCAACCCUCUGGCCUCAGCGUGACUCUCAGCAGUGGAGAGGUGCAGGGAUGCCCCUUCCCCACAGCCCCCAUCUGCACUGCUCCUCCCGUGGCCGCUGCGCUCAGCUUCCUGCAGGGCUGGGAACUGCUCACUGCUCAGGGUCCUCCGGUCCCUGCGAAGGAGGCUGCAGGCAGCCGCACUCGGCGUGCCACUGGUUCACUGUGAUGAUGCUGGAGAGGUAGCAGGGCUGAUGGGAAGUGAUGCCCUGAUUCCCGGAGCAGGAGAAUGGAGAAAGCCCUCUUUUUCCUCAGGAAUGUGUACUUGUUUUCCUUCUGGGCUAAAGAGCUGUGUCCAAGCCUCUCCGGAGCCGGCCUUUCCUUUAGCAAAAGUGUUGUGCAAUAGUAGGGCUCUGUCUGUAGGAGAUGGGGUCUGACAGGGUACGUGUUUAGCCACCUUCCCCUUGGGUUUUCCCCCAUCCUCAACCAGCCUGUCCUCCCACACGCAUGCACGCACGCUUGCGUCUUCAUUUCCAUCCCCCAUGUAAAUACACGGGGAGAGCAGGGCCCAGCAAAGCACUGCUCCACUGCACCGCCCGCGCUCGGCCCUCCCGUGACUGCAGGAGGAGCUGUAGCUGCCACAGUUCUCUAUCCAAACUAAAUUAGGAGGUUGAUUUUCUCACCCUUGUUAUUUUUUUCAAGGUCUUUCAUGGACCUGGAAAUAAAUUAUUUCCUUGUCGUCUA